UGCCGCUCCACCGUGCAGGAGCAGACCCGCAGGCAGGUGGCCGUGCUCAACGCCACCGCCCAGGAGCUCUUCAGCCUCUACCUGAAGUGCCAGGGAGAACCGUUCAGCAGCGAGAGUGACAAACUCUGCAACCCCGCCGGUAUCUUCUUCCCCGCCUUCCGCGUCAACCGGACGAGCGAGAGGAAGGAGGUGAUGGUGGCCAUGUACAAGCUCUUCGCCUUCCUCAACGCCUCGCUGGGAAACAUCACACGAGACCAGGAGGAGCUCAACCCCAUGGCCAAAGAGCUCCUCGAGCGGCUCCACAACACCACCAAGACCACCCGAGGCCUCAUCUCCAACCUCACCUGCCUCCUCUGCAAGAACUACAACAUCUUCCAGGUGGACGUCAGGUACGGGGACAGCUCCAAGGGCAAGAGCGCCUUCAAGAAGAAGCAGCAGGGCUGCCAGGUGCUCAGGAAGUACGUGCAGGUCAUUGGCCAGGCAGCACGUGUCCUCCUACCUCAUCUCAGCCCCUCAUGAGCGCCCAGCCCGCCUACGCUGCCUCUCUGCUGCCUUCCGGAUUCCCACUUUCCUAUUUAUUACCCGGACCCUGCGCUGGCCCCGUCUGCCCUCCGGUAAUUUAUUGCCCCUUGAGGGGGUGAACGCUGAGCCCGGAGUGUCCCGGGCGGAGCAGAGGCAGCAUCCAGCAGGACGGGGCAGCGCAUCCCCGAGGAGAUGCCGGGGCACGGGCUGGUCCCAGGAUGUGCCUCAGCCAUCCUCGUGCUGCUGUGGCGUGCGAGGAGCUGUGGGAGCUGGCAGCAGGGCAGGACUCUGUCCCCCACGGACGGUGUCAUCAUGGAGAGCAACGGGACAGGUGUCCUUGAGCACCGUCUGAAAGCUGUCACUUCCCUGGAAAAAGGACUGUGAGGAAGGACACUGGGAUGCAGUGGCUGGCAGGGACGUGGGGACACGGGGACACGCUCCCCCUGCACAUUUUAAGGCUGCAAGGAGCCAAGCUGAGGGUACCGGUGGCUGUGCUGGCUGGGGCUGGGUCCCACCGUCUGGGACAAGGCCACCCGUGUGGGACAGUCACCCCACAGCGGAGCAUCACCCCCCCGCGCGGGCACGGCGGGGCACGGAACGUCCUCUCCUUCGGAAAAGCGCUUUUCCCAUUGGAAGAGCUCUGAAUGUACUGACGGCUACGAGCUGGGCUUUGCACGGCUGAACACAGCCCUGGCAUGGGGACACGGGGACAUGGGGACAUGGGACACGGGGACAUGGGACACAGGGACACGGGGACAUAUGGGUGAGGGAUAUGGGGACACGGGGAUGUGGGGACACAGGGACGGGCCCCAGGCCGGUGGCAGGUGGCGCUGGCUCGCUCCUGGCACCAGAGCGGGCUUUGAUGGUUAUUUAUUGCCUCCAUGGAAAGCCCAGCGUGCACUGAGAGCUGACUUUUAAUAAUUUUAUUG